UGUCAUCAACCCUAUCAGUUGGUUGCAUUAUUUUUGCUUGGAGCAGCGAAGAAAAUUUUGUGAAUACUCAGGCGGAAUUAAAAUGAUGUAAAGUGCGCAAAUGUAAUUACAAAAGAAUGAGUUCAAUUAUGUGGUCAGAGCCAAAUAAAUAAAAAGUGUUCAUGCGUUAUUUAUAGUCGGAAAAAAUACAUGCAAAAGAAAUAGCAGCAGUCGCAGCAUUCUGUGGCAGCGACGAGUAGCGAGUAGAUUGUAUUUGGAGUCUCUCUGGCCACAUUGGUGCAGCAGCAGCGCCCGCAAAUGUAUGCGACAAGCAACAACAAGAACAAUAAAAACAACAACAACUAGUUGUGGGCAGCAGCAGUCUUUGUGAAGCAUACAAAGAAGAAGCAGAAGCGAAAAGAAGAGAAACAACACACACAAAAAGUUAGAACAAAAUAAAACGUGCGUAAAAGUUAAUUAGCUGCCGCUUGCUUAGCGACGAGCUUAAAGGAGUGAGUGAUUGAGAGGGCAAGUUGAAUAUCAGCAGCUGCUGCUCUAAAGAAUUCGACAUAUUAGCUAUAUUUUUUCUUUAUUAUUUUUGUUGUUGCGGUUUUUGCACCCACCAGACGUAACUAGAGCAGCAGCCACUCUACAAACACAUACGCAUACACAAACACAAAUAAACAAACACACAUACAUAGAAAUCCUUUGGGUAGACUUAGCAGUAGAUGCGUGCGAGCCGCAACAAGAUUGGAAAUGAUUUGUCCAAAAGACGUGCUGCAGUGGUUUAAGACUCUGGAGAGCUACAAACGCAUCGAUACCAUGUGUUCAUUGCUCGAAGCGUGCCUGCCCUUUGAGCUACGCUUUCUGGGCACCUGCCUGGAGGAGCUCGGGCGCCGAGAUUCGCCCGAGUUUCGCAGCAUGGAGUUACGUGCGAACAAUCCACAGGAUCUGGCCACCGAUAUGCACAACUGUCAGAAGGGUGAGCCAACUGACAUCAAGAUUCGACGAAAGAUGGCUUUAUAUUUGGCCAUGAUACGCGCCUGUAAUCGCAGCUGUGUUACCGAAAUAUUUCGCACCCUCGAGUGCUGGGGCGAAAGAGAUUUUGCCAGCAUGAGCGAUCAGGAUACGUUGCUGGAGCUGUUGCUUGUCUACACAAUGGCCGCCAGACAUCCGGUAUUCUCGUACCAUCAGCAUACCAAAUGUGGUGAGAUUUUGGCUAAGAUCAAGGAGGUGAAACGUGUCACGGACGAAACAACGCAAACUGAGAGUCCGCCUCAGCAGCAACAGCAGCAGCCACCGCAACUCCAACAGCAGCAGCAUCCGCAACUUGUGCUGCAUCAGCAGCAACAACAACCGGGUCAAUCGCAACCACAGCCGUCGUAUCAUUCACAGAUGGUGCAAAUGUUGCAGACGCCGCAAGGAACAACUCCAAUGAUAUUUUCACAACAUUGGCCCAAACUUAUGCCUAGCAAUGAAGUCGAUGGCAUGUCACAUUUGAUGCCAUCCAACAUCACCAUUCCAGCGGACUCAAAUGCCAUAGCUGCGGCAGCGGGCGCUUGGUCUAUGCGCAGCAUGUAUGCGGCGCCGCCGCCACCGCAACAUGGACAACAGAGCAGCAUGGACCAUCAGGUGCCGCCGCCUCCACAAGCCAGCUCGCCCAUGUUGAGUAGUCAGCAGUCAUCUCCAUCGAGCAGUCGCACCACAAGUCCACAGCGUGAGCGUGUGGGCAGUGCGCCAUUACAGCAACAACAACAGCAGCAGCAGCAACUGCGAAGUUUGUCGCAGCGCAUAACAGGCGGUGUUAAAAAUGUACGUCGACCGUCGGUGGAAACAACGCCACCACCUCCAUCAUCAUCCUCAUCCAUUGGCAGUGGAGACCCAACCAUGUCUGCACAGCAUGGCAAGCACUUGGAUGAGAGUAUCAGCGAAAGUGGCGGCACCUCUACAGGAGCAAGCCUGCCCAGUAUUAUACGCAACAGUUUUCCGAGAGCGGUGCAUCAGCGUAUUAAUGCGAAUGCUUAUAUGUCACCUCACCAGCAACAGCAGCAGCAGUCGCCGGUGAGUCAACAGUCGCAGCAGCAACAGCAGCAGCACUAUCAGAUGAAUAACUACAUUAAACCCAGCACGAUUGUUUACACUAUGCAUAACAUGCAUAUUAAUGAUGAUGGCAGCGGCUCAAUGAGGAGCAUAAAUUCUAGUAAAAGCGCUGCAACAACUGGUAGUGAAUCGGGCAGCUCGAAUGGAUCGUGUGGUGAGAUAUCGCCACCGGAAACGCCAACGCCGCUCUCGAUGCAUUGUACGGUAGGUACAGGCAUGCCCCUUGUGCCUGGUUAUCAGCAGCCUCAGCCGCAGCAGCAGCAACAACACCAACAACAACAGAAACAACACCAUCUGAGCUAUAAGCAACAACAGCAGAUGAAUCUACAGCAGCGUUUAAAUGGACGCAAUGGAGUGGAAAAGAGCUACCAGCAAAUUUACACGACGAGCAAUCCCAGCGAUGCUCAGAGUUUACAACAACAACAACAGCAGCAGCAGCAACAAGCGCUGCUCAUAAGUCCAUCAGCAGUGAGUACACCAACAACAACGGUGAUACUACAGCCUCAACAACAACCACAGCCAACAGCCACAGCGUACAAUACAGCCACAUAUCCAUAUCAUACGGCAAGCCCGCGAGGUCCACCACAGACUUUAAUUCAGGCACAUAAUGCGCCUCCCCCGCAAGCGUUACACCAUCCAUUUCGUUUUCCACUGGCGCCACCGCAUAAUGGUGAACUGCUUUAUCCAGCAUACCAUGCCGGAUUGGCCUUUUCGCCAGUACCCGUAACAGCUGCGACCGCUGGUGCGCCCACCGCUUUGGCGGGUGGACAAAUGCGCAACUCAGCUGCCACCGUUGCAGUUGUGAGUACGAAUGCCGUUACAGUGCAAACACAAACACCCACGUCCCAACAUCAACAACAGCAGCAACAAUUGUUGGCUGCAACGGUGCCGACGACGCCGUAUACAACAAUGAAUGUUUGUCCUAUAACCGGUGUUAGCAGCGGCAUCACCCAGAAGGUAAUUUCUUGCUAUAAUUGUGGCUCGCAGACACAUAGUGGACGUGAUUGCCAGGAGGCCUCCAUGGAAGAUGUGACACGCAGUGCCACCUACAAACUGGACUACAGCACGUCAACGAAUCCCAGCGGUGGCGGCAUCCCUGACACUUCCAUAGAACACAAGGAAGCGCCCGGCAGCAUUCUGAAAAACGUCACAGGGACAACGCCAACGCCGUCGUCGGCAACGGUGGUAUCAGGUAUUGGCAAAUAGACGGUGCAUAUGCAUAACAACAGAAUAUAUAUACACACAUGUGAAUGUAUAUAUAAAUACAUAUACACAUUUCGAUUUAUAAUUAAUACUUAUUGUAAUUCUUAACUAUUAACACAAUUUCAACAUUUAUUAUGAAUGUAAAAUCGCGGAAAUCAAAUUUCACGCCUUAGCCACUUCUCUUUAUUGUUUAAGCCAUUUUUAAAUUGCGAUCGCCACAGUAUGUCGCCCGUAAAAUAGAAACUUACAACCUUGCAUACCACAGGGAAAUUAUAUAUGUAUAUAAAAAUAUAUAUACAAAUAUAUAUACAGAAUGCAUCUCCACUUCUCUAAAUAUGAAUACAUUAAGUGGACAAGCAAAAAAUGAGCAAUAGAAUGCUUAGUAUUGAAGCGAUUGAUUUAGAAUUCACGAAGAAUACUUAGUAGGGCAGAGGAGGAAAAUAUACGAAGUGUAGCAACUAUCAAAAAAAUUAAUAAUGACAUUUGUAUAGCAACUAAUGCAGAGGACUCCACGCAAUUCAAAUAGCUAUAAAAUCUAUUCAAAUUGCGUGCAUAAUGUACUAAAACUAUAAUUUUAAGAAAAAGGAAAAAACUAAAUUUAACAAAAAAGGAAAAAAGAAAAAAAUAUAUAAAGUAGAUUACAUUAAAAUGUUAGCAAAUACCUUUCAAAAACUGUAUAAACAAAUGUGCGCACAGCACACCAACACAAAUACAUAAACACACACACACAUAAAGUGCUAGGUUGUGUGUGAUUAGUUAACGUUAUCUAUUAAUAUAAUUAUACAUUAAUUUUUUCUUGCUAGUAAUUAUUUAUUUUCUGCGCCUUGUUUGAUCGAAAAAUAAUUUAGCAUCGGUUUUUACAUUGUAUUAUAGUAUCUUAGACAACUAUUUGAAUAUGGAAGGCAUUAUUUUCCCCUAUUUUUUUUAUAUUAUCUCAAACUAUUUGACCAUAAAUUUAAUGCAUAAAUCAUACGUAUACAUAACGAUAAUCAAUAUUGUCCAGGUUGAGAUUUAUGGCAAAUAUCACGCCCACAAUUAUAAUCUAAUUACUUGUGUUUCGGUUACUUGUGUAAAAACGUUGUUACCUUUUUUAUGAAAGUGAAACAAGAACAGAUAAACAAAAAAAAAAAAAAAACGAAAAUAAAAAAAUAUAAAA